CGAACUUCCCAUCUAAGUCGUGUGGAGUGUCCACCUUAAUCCUAGAUCAUUGGUCAACCCUACAUGUGAAGGGUGUCUCCCUUUGUUAAAGGAUCUCUGUAUUAUAUAAGAGGGUUUCACGCCUGCCUGCACUUGCUACAAAACCAACAGGUAAAAUAAUAACUACACUGAAAGACUGAUACAAGGCCCGACACCAAGGAGGUAGCUGAUAAAACAUUUUACAACUUCCAAGGUGGAUUUUGGAUGUCAGAUUGUGAUUUAUGCUAGUUCUGGUCAAGUGGUAUAAUGGUUAUUUUCAAACCUUGAUUUAGUCAGUGAUGGGGAUAGCUGGGUUGUAAUUUAACUCUCUAUUUGUAUUUAUUGAAAGACCUAAUACAGUCCUCAAUUACAGUUCAUUGGAGCAAACCUUGCAAUAGGUGGUAUUUUACAAGGGUGGAAUCUAGUACUGCCUGUUACUUUUGACAAUUGACUGUCUUUUGUCGGUGAAUAAUAGUUACACUUUCUCCUUUAUUAAUGGAUAGUAUUGGGGUUGUUGUAUUGUGAAAAGUAGAGUUAAAGAAGGCAUUUUGUGUCAAAUUAUUCAUGUUGUCUUAAAGGUGAGAUACAGACUUGACAGCUCCUGUCAUUCAUGAUGGUUUUAUGUCUUCUAGUAUCGUGACAUGUUGUUGCAUGUUAAACCUACAGAUAGAACUUUCAUUUUCCUUUCUCAUGACAUAACAUUACAAAUAGAACUAUGUAAAACGUUCACAGGUGUGCCAUAAGGCAGAUAUCAACAGUUAUACCUUGUGACAGAAUUCAGUUUAUUUAACGACCAGCCACAGGUGUAAUAGGGUUCAUUGUAGACACACACAGGCUAACAAACCACAACAAGAAAGAAAGGACAAAAACUGAGAUAUAUUCAUUUAAAUGGUUAAUGUGUUGGGAAAAUUUACUUUAUUUUGUGAGCCGUGUGUUCAAGUGAUUAAAGAAAGGAGUGAAAAUCUAGAGGUAAGGAGAUUGUCUUGUUGACAGGUGGAUGAGUGAAGGAUUUACUUCAUUAUACACUCGGCAUACCUGAUACUCUUACUCGAUGGCCAGUAUACCUGGUCAGUCUUUCAUGUCUUCAUAUAGCUAUUAAUGGUCACUUAAUGCACUCAUCAGAUAAUAUUUCUACAGAAAAAGAUAUGAAGAGACUUAAAGUGACCAAUUCAGGUCAAUCAGACCAACAAAACGUGAAAUCUACUAUAGGUGGCUAUUUUCAAAAUGGGAGUAAUAAUGGAAGUGAAUUUAAACAUUCAAAUGGAUCAGAUUUAAACAGUACUGAAACUAAAAACGGGAAUGGAAAGCCACUCGACAAGUUCACAUCAGAAAGUGAGAGAGAAAAACAGGUUGUGUCUCCAUCUUUGAUGAGACGCAGGCGGCGAUUAGAUAGAAACAGUGAUGCACUACACGAAUUUUAUAAACAUGCAGAGAAUAUUAGAAAUGGUAUUGCACGUUCAGAAGAUAAUCUGGCAGGUUUUCAGGACAAACCAAAAGAGUUAGAUCAGUUUGAUCGAAGUGUUUCAACAACUCAAAUAACACCAGAGUCUUUCAAACCAGAAAAUCAGUUAAAAAUGACUUCAGAUCAACACAGGCAUAAUGAGGAAAAACAGAGUCAACCAUUGGCAAAAUCAAGGGUUAGAAAAAGAGAUAGCAUGGAAACGGAUUCAGAACAUCAUCAGAAGUUAAGUAGAAAAGGGAGCAGGGAAAGUAUGAGUGGUAGGGCAACUCCAACACAUGGAGAAACGGACAAACAUCAGCGGUUAAAUCGGAGGACCAGUAAGGAAAAUUUAAGUGGUAGAGAAACUCCAACAUUCAGAGAUUUUCAGCGUCAGUUUAGUAACGAAUCUCAUAGACAUUCUUAUAGAGGAAGCUGUGAUAGUUUAACCAAUCGUGUUAAUACACGCCGUUCGUUUCGGGGAAGUAGUGACGGUUUGAGUAGAAAGACUAACUCAGGUAGAGAAACACCAGAAUUGUAUGCACCAACAUUUCAAAAACGCGAAAGUUAUGAUAAACCGUGGUUAAUUCAUACGGGUCGAACAUCGCCAUCACCAACGAAACAAAAAGUUUCUCGUAAGGCCAGUUUAGAUGAAAAACGGAGAAGUAUGGAAUCUCCAGUGCCUUCACAACCUUAUACUCCUGAUUUACACAAGCGAGAAACUUAUGAGAAACCAUGGCAAUCAAAGCCAGUUUCUAGAAAAACAAGCAUGGAAAGACAAAAUUCUGUUGGCUCAACUGGCUUACAUAGAACCAACAGUGAAACAAAAUUACGUCGUUCUAGUAGCGGGACGCCAAAACGUAAAGAUAAUUCAGAGCGCCAUCCAGAUCAGUUGCGUAUAGGAUGUACCUCGUGUAUGAGACGUCAUGAAAUGCAACAGGCGUGUGAAUUUCCAUAUAAUAAAUGGAGUUGGAAUGAAAGUCAUGAUUCUAUGUGUAGUUUAGAAAGUUAUAGAUAUGAACCGCAAGAUGAUCAGCUAGAUUUAGAGAAACUUUUAACUGCUUUACAUUCAUGUGACAAGGAUUUGGGUGAGAUUAAUGUUCACAAAAAGGCUAAAUCAGAAGAUGAAGCUAAGACAGAGAAAGAAUGGUUGGAUGCUGAGAAAGUUUGGUUGGUGCAUAAGGGUGGAUUUGCUGGAGCUUACUUACUUAAACCAGAUGCCAGUAAUCCUCUGCCUGAAGGUAAAAUACGAAUUCGACUGGAAGCUAGUGGUGAUGUCCUUGAAGUGGAGGAAGAUGAUAUUGAAAAGGCAAAUCCACCUCAGUUUGAUCGUGCUGAGGACCUGGCAUCAUUACGUUACCUUAAUGAAUCUAGUGCUCUACAUACAUUACGUCAAAGGUUUGCUGGCAACCUGAUACAUACAUAUGGUGGACCUUCUCUAGUUGUUAUUAACCCGAUGCAAUCAUUGCCAUUAUAUUCAGAAAAGUUAAUACAGAUGUUAAAAGGAUGUAAACAAGAAGAUAUGCCACCUCAUGUAUUCUCUAUGGCUCAGAUAGCUCAUCGUGAAAUGUUAUCAACACGACGAGAUCAAUCUAUAAUAAUGAUGGGACGAAGUGGUAGUGGUAAAACUACUAAUGCUAAACAUAUCAUGUCAUAUCUUACAAUAUCUGCUGGUAGUGUCAACAGUAUACUUACAGGGGAUAAAGUUAAUGCCAUAUCUGUUUUAACUGAUGCAUUUGGUAAUUGUAGGACAUUAUUAAAUACAAAUGCUAGUCGCUUUACACAACUAUUUACUAUAGACUUUGAUCACUCAGGACAAAUUGCUUCAGCUUCUAUACAGGUUAUGAAUUUUGAAAAGAGUCGGGUUGUAAGGAGACCUGAAGGAGAACCAACUUUUAAUAUAUUCUAUGAAAUGUUAGCUGGCUUAGAUUCACAAUUUAGAAAUGAGUUACAGUUGCAAGUUUUAAAUGAAACUAAUCUAUUUAUGACGCCAUUGCAAAAGAAUGAUGAUAGACAAAAAGCUACACAGAAUUGGGCUAAAGUUAUUCAUUCGUUUGGUUUAAUUGGUGCAUCAGAAGAUGAAUAUAAAGCAUUAAUAUCAGUUUUAGCAGCUAUAUAUCAUCUUGGUGUAGCUGGUGCUACUAAGGGUAAUAAUAAUAAGGCUCAGUUUGCUCGUCCUGCAGCUGCUCAGAAAGCAGCCUCUUUACUGGGUACAACAUCAGAAGAGCUGAGUAGAUCUAUCUUCAGUCCCCCAGGAUCUUCUACUUUAACAAGAAAUACAUCCAUGAGGGUACCAAACGCAAAUGAUAAAAACAGUAUUAAUGGUGAAGUUACCUCCCCUGCAUUAGACGCUCUAGAAGGAUUUGUCAUUGGUUUAUAUUCAGAUGUAUUUAAUGCUGUUAUUUCACUUAUUAAUAGAUCCAUGUCAUCUAAUAUCAGAACUGCCAAUUCCAUCAUUGUAUUAGAUAGUCCUGGUUUCCAGAAUCCUGCAUCUUGUGGUAGACCUGCAGCUAGUUUUGAAGAUCUGUGCCAAAAUUAUACCCAAGAACGGUUACAGUUAUUGUUUCAUGAUCUAACAUUUACGCUACAACAAGACAGAUAUGCUCAGGAAGAUAUAGAAUGUGAUUUUGAUUUUGUUACAACCAGUCCAGCAGCUAUGGUAUCUUUAUUUGAUAAAUCACCACAACAAUCUCUGCUACGAUCAUCAAAUCAGGAUUUACGAGAUGCAGAGAAGAAAGGUUUAUUAUGGAUAUUGGAUGAAGAAGCUAUAUAUCCUGGUGCUACUGAAGAUAGUUUUAUGGAAAGAUUUUUCUCUCAUCAUGGUGAACAUCCUGUUCGACGAGAAAGCUUAUUACGUAAAGGAGCUCCAGGUCACACAUUCAUACUGAAUCAUUUCCAAGGUACCUGUCCUGUACAAUAUAAUGCAGCAGGCUGGUUAAAAUCUUGCCGUGAAAAUCCUGUAUCUAGAAACUCACUUGUAUUAUUACAAGAUUCCAAAAAACAUAAUAUGAGUCAGUUAUUUAUGAGUGUAAAGGCACCAGUAGCUGGUAUGGUCAGUGGGUCUAUAGCUGGUAUGGAAGGAGCAUCAUCAUUACGUAGAGUAGGCAGCAUGAGACGAACAUACAUGUCAUCAACAGCAGGAUUGAAGAAAAAAUCUCUAUGUCUACAAAUUAAAUUCCAAGUUGAUUCUAUAAUAGAGACUAUACGUAGAACUAGAUGUCAUUUCCUACACUGUAUGGUGGCACAGAAUAAUGCUGGUUUGUGUGAAUUAAGAGGAAAUGUACAGAAUGGUGAUAAAACAAAAGAUGAACAUUUGAUGAAUGUGCCAUUAGUUAGGUCCCAGUUACGAGGUUUUGAAAUACUUGAUGCCGUUAGAGUUUUUAGACAAGGUUUUCCUGAUCACAUGCAGUUUUCUGAAUUCCGUCAGAAGUUUGAGGUAUUGUUACAGCCUGAUAAAAGACCUGGUAAAAAUAAAGAUGAGAAAAAGGCUGUAACAAAUCUAAUGGAUUAUUUGGAUAUUGAUAAGCUGAACUAUAGAAUUGGUUUGAGUCAGGUGUUUUUUAGACCUGGUGCUCUGGCACAACUAGAGGUAUCUAGAGAUGAAAAAAUAACUGGUAAUGUAACAGCAUUCCAAGCUUUAUGUCGCGGACAUUUAGCAAGACAAAAACUAGAGAAAUUAAGGAUUCAACAUCUGGCUGUAAGUUGUAUACAGAGAAACGUGAAGAAAUACGUUAAAAUACGAGAUUGGGAAUGGUGGAAACUUUAUACUAAAAUAAAACCAGUCUUAAAUGUCCAUAAAACAGAAGAAGAUCUACUCAAUAAAGAGUUUGAAAUAGAACAGAUGAAGAUGAAGAUAGAAAAGUUAGAGAAAGAAAGAAAUGAAUAUAAAACACAAUGUGAUAAAUUUGAAAAUAGGCUGUCAGAAUUAUCGGCAGACCUAGUGGAAGAAAAUUCUACAUCUAAUCAAGCUACUGAACUCCUAGAGGCUGAAACUGCUGAAAGAAUGAGAUUAGAAAAAGAAAACAAGGAAAUACAGGCCAAACUUGCUAACAUCAAAAGACAAAAUGAAAAGCUACAAAUGGAGGUUAUGGAAUCCAGGUUAUGGAAUGCAUCCAGUGUGGAGAUGGAAGACGAAUUAGAUGGAGCUGGUGAUUCCAUAUAUAAAGAUAGAUAUGAAAGAAUGGUCAAAGAACUGGAAUUUACCAAGAAACGUCUACAGCAGCAACAUGAAGAAGAAAUGGAUUCUGAGUUACAAUCUAGAAGACUUUUAGAGAAAAGGCUUCAUGAUACAGUAGAAGAAGCAGAAGAACAAAGACGUCUGGUGCAGGUGGCUCGUAAAAAAGCUCAAAGACUAACCGAAGAGAUGCAGGAUACUAAAUUACAUCUUGAGGAAAGAAUGUCCAGAAAUAAUGAUCUCGAGAGAAAACAAAGAAGGUUUGAUGCAGAAAUCAACAUGGCUCAUGAAGAUGUGAAGGAAGAAAAACAACACAGAGAAAAAUUACAGAAGGAGAGAGACAGUCUAAUGACCGAAAAAUAUGCCCUUGAGCAGAGUGUCAUGAGAGUGAAGAUGGAUUUUGAGAGUCAGUUGGACAAAACAGAAAGAUUAGAGAAAGAAUUAAAAGAUAUUAUUGGUUCAUCCAGUGGUAAAGAUGAUCAAGAGUUGGUGUCAUUAAAGAGAUUGAAACAUGAAUUAGAAAGAAAAUUAAAAGAACAAGAAGAAGAACUAGAUGAUCAGGCUGGUCAAAUACAACAUCUUGAACAAGCUAAACUUCGUAUUGAAAUGAGUAUAGAGAAAAUGAAACAACAAUAUAAUAAAGAACUUGAAGAAAAAGAAGAAGAAUUAGAAGAUAUGAGAUGUAGAACACAGAAAAAGUUGAAAUCAAUGGAACAACAAGUAGAAGAAGAAUAUGAAGAGAAGAAAAGAGUGCAGGAAGAAAAAGCUUUAAUAGAAAGACAGUUAUUAGAAUUAGGUUCUAGAGAACCACAAAGAGAUAUAGAUAAUGAGAAGAGGUUAAAGAGACAUUUAAAGAAAACGAAAGCUUUAUUACAUGAUGCUAGUACAACAUUACACAAACAAAAAACAGCUGAUGGUGUUAAAUCUCAGAUAGCACAACUCAGAAAUAAGUUGGAGGAUGCUGAGUUUGCAUCAGCUGCAGCUAUUAAAGGAAAAAAGAGGAUGGAGUUAGAAAUGCAAGAUUUAAAUCAACAAAUAGAAGAUUUGUCCAGAGCUAAACAAGAGAGUGAAAAUAAAUGUAUGUCAAUAUUACGAGAGAAAUCUGAUCUACAGAAUAGAAUAGAAGAAAAUGAAGAAGAUAUGGCAGAAAUCAUGAAAAAAUAUAAAGCUGCUGUACAACAGCAAUCUGUAGAUCAUAUUACAAUAUCAGACCAACUACGCCAAAUAGAAGAAAUGUCUUCAGAAAGAGAAGCUUUAAAACAAACAGUAAAUGAUCUAUCAACCAAAGUUACUACGUUUGAAACAAGUACAGUAGAUAAACAUUCUGUUACAAGACUGGAGGGUAAAAUACGUGAAUUAGAGAAUAAACUACAACUAGAAAGUACAUCCAAACAGAGAUUAGAGACACAGAUAACCAGAUUAAAGGAACAUCUGGAGAGAUUGCAGAGUGAAAAGGAAGAAUUAAACUCCAGUAAACUACAAACUGAAGAGUUGUCUAAACGUAAUCAGAAACAAUUACGUGAAUUAAGAGAAGAAUUGGUUGAUGCACAGAAACGGGAAAUGGAGGCUAGUCAGGGAAAGAAAGAAUUAGUAACUCGUAUUGAAGAAUUAGAAGCUGAUCAAAUACAGAACCAAUCUGACCUCAAAUUAGCAUUUAAACGUAUUGCUGAUUUACAGGCAGCUUUAGAAGAAGAAAUAGAUAGUGAUAAUGAUAGUCUUCUAUUAGAUAGUGAAGAUGAAGAUGAUGAUUCAGAUUUAGAUUCAUUUUUAGAAAAUCAUAAUCAGUCACCAAUUGGUCGAUCUAGUUUAGGUAGUUAUAGAACGCGGUCACAAGGUAGCAGUAUUUCUGAUGGUUAUUCAUCCCAUCGUUUACCUAGAAUAGAUGAUACAGAUGCGUAAUGAUGUUAUGCUUGUUGCGGGCUGAGUGCAAAAGUUCCUUGAACUAUGUUUCCGUGUUUGUUCCAACAUUUAUUACGGGAUGUGAGACCGCUAUUAUGAUAGUGAUUAGACUCAGAUAUUUAAAGAAUAGUGCUUGUUACCAUUUCAGUUUUUAAAAGUGUAUAUUAUAGUGAUCACUAAUUGACUAAAUAAACUAGUAUUGUUUAAAUACACAGAGGAAGGAGAAAAUACAUAAAACUCAGUUCACUUCUAAUCAAAGACAAGUCUUCAGAUUGUGUGCUUUUCAUAGCUUUUUGUAUUCCUGGGAAAAUACACUUAUGACUGGACCAAAUGAUUUAUCGGUGUAAAGUACUAAAAUCAACUUGACAUUGUUUUGUUUGGUUAUUUGUACCAUACUUAACUGUUGCUACUACUAAUUUAAUAUCAAUGCUUAGAUUAUAAAGCAGUGGCACCAUGCACAGAUUCUGGUAGUGAAAGUGAUGAUAUUUUUUAUACUUGUGCCAGAAAGCAUUAUUUAUCAUAUACUUUUAUGUGUCAAAUUUUAGUUUACAAGCCCUUGAUAACUGAGGCAAGAUUAGGCAAGUUUUCUGAUAUGUAUGGGAAUAUGAAUUAGCCUAUUUACAUAUUGUUUAUAGAUAGAUAUAUAAUAUAUAUUAAAGCUUAGUAAUCAUCUUCCAUAAUUGUACUAUUAUUUUUUUAUAUUAUAAAUUGUCUUAUCAUAUUUAUUUGUGUCAAACACAAGCUGUGUAUCAUAAAAUAUAAAAUAAUCUCAACACUUCCUGUAGCUCAAAUAUAAACUUUUAAAUUUGUUUUGGGCUCAAUUUCUUAAAUACUUAAUUUUAAUUCAGUUUGUGCUGAAUUGUGGUGGUAUAACUUAAGAUUUUCAUUAAAAACAAUGCCCUUAAAAAAUAUUAAAAGAAUAGUGUAUGUUCAUUGACAGAAUGUGAAAAUCAUUGUGCAGAUUUUAAUGGCCCUUUUUGGGGGUCUUAAGUUUUUAUGCAUAUGGUCCCAGGAUUUUAAGAGUGAAAUGUGAAGAAAAGGCCCCAGUGUUCUAACAUAUCUAUUCUACAAAUAUAUUUAAUCUUUUUCAUAUUUUACUGAAUUUAUAAAUUAACAAAUGAAAAUAUAAAAUAGCAGAAAGUGUUUAUUUUAAAAGAACAAUCAGUCAUAUCUCGCGACAUCUUGCAAUAGCAAUUGUCUGUUAUGUAUUAUGAAUCCUAGUGUCUAAGUAACAUUGGGAGUUGGGUCUCUGUGCUCUAUGAUUAACUCAAAAUGUCAUGAAAUUAGUUAGGCCUUUUAAAAUCAAUAACAUUUCAUUUUAUACACAAACCUAGACGCAUUGAAUGCUGUAUGUAUGUGUGGUUGUGUCAAGAUGAUCUCACUGCGUAAUCUAGAGCUGUAUAGCAAAAUGCUUGAAUUACAUUAUGUAAGUCUUAUGUAUGCUUAACGAAACAGGACCCAAAUAGAAAAAAGACAAGUUAUGUAUCCCAUCAGUUAACAGAUUUCAACUGUAAAGUAUAAUGCAGUAUUUUUUGUUGUAGAUGAAAUAUACUACAUGUACUUCAACAUGUUUGCUGAGGUGUACUAAACACCACAUUUUUAGAUACUUGCUACAUACUCUGCUAUCUACUCAUUAAUAAAAUUUGCAGCCUUUUUUUUUUAAAAUGGCGAAUGCUGUCAAUGGUUUUAGAAAUUUUUUUCUGAAAUGUAUUUAUUCCUAGAUCACAACCAUAAGAACUUUCUCAGGCAUUAGAUAUGAAUAUAUGACAUUUUGAAAAAUAAUUUGAUAUAUAAUUGAACUUCCAAACUCUGUUAGUCAUAUUGAUAGCUUAUUUAUCUGUACACAAUACACAAGUAUAUUGGCAAAUACAUUUGAACCUCACUGACUAAUAAAGUCUUACUAGUAAUUCACUUUCACUACUUUCAGUCAAGUUUUUUUUUUUUUUUUUAAGAAAGAAGUAAACACAAUAGUAUGUUUAUGAUUCUGGUCCAAUUUUAUUCAAGUAUGUUUAUUUUCAUAUCUUAUGGUUAGUGAUAAUUUUAAUCAUACCCAAUGUACAUCAUUUUUUUUUUUGUUAUAUUGUUUGUUAAUGAUAUCUUUGUAUAAAAAUAAUGAAUUUCUUGCAGUAAAUGAUUGGAAUGAUUAAAACCAUAAA